AUGCGCGAGCAGGACUCGGCGGGCCCGGGUCUCGAUGGACGACGCGAGAGCCUUCGCAGCAAGAUGCUGAGCUUUGUUCAGAGCUGCAACCGGGUCAUGAACGGCGCUGCCCCGCGAUCGACCUCGGCGCCAACGCCUACAGUCUCGACACCUUCGGUCGUCGCAGCACUGAGGCGGUCGUACGCAGCCUGGGCGUCUGCGCGUGACGAUGAAUACCUGGCAUACGUGCUCCAAGGCGAUGUCGACCGCGCUGCCCGAUCGUGCGAGCUUGAGGCGGCUGCGAUCAUCGACGCGCUCGUGCUCGAUGCGACGCCCCACGACGCGAUCAUUGCGUGGCUGCUGCACGAAGCAGGCGCGAUCAACUACAGCUGCUACCUCGUGCGAGCUCUCUUUCCUCAUGGACAUUCGUCGACUCCGUCGCGCCAUGGUGUGCAAGCUCUCGUUUCGACCGUCACUGCGUCGGUCACAGACGCGACCAGCCGACGCAUCCUCGACUACCUCGUCGCGUGUCUCGUGUCCCUUGAGGACGCUCCAAAGAGUGCAGUCACAUUUCUUCGACCUGCAAUCUCUGCCAUCAUCGAGACCUUCAACACCUCGGACGAUGACGAGGUGCACGAGAUGAUCGUCGACGCCUUUCGCCCCCACAAGCACCACGCGACCAUACGAUCCCUUCUUCGCGAGCAGCUCGUCCGUCUCGCAUCGCAGCCAUCGCCGACACCAGCACGCAUCGAGCGGCUCGGCAGUAUUACGGAUGUCGCUCUGUUUCUUUCGGUCUUGCAAACUGCAGUGACAGACCCCGCAGUCGUCGCUUCGACGACCAUCCACCCCGGCCUGACCGCCCUCAUCGGCUACUAUCACCGAGAAGGCCCGCAGCUCCUCCUGCAAGUGCUCUCCCUCGCGCACGACCUGGUCGAGACCGGUCUCCAGGCCAUGACGGCCGACAUCGCACUCUACGGACUCCGGUUAGCGGCGCAAGCGUGUGCGGACCAACAAGAGACCUACUACCGCUGGUUCGAGGUCCACUUUGGCGUCGUCAGCCCUAUGUCGCCGUCCUUGACGGCCAUGAACGCACCGACGAGCCAAGCUGUUGCGCCAACGGUGUGCCUCCGCCCGUCCUGCGCUCUCUUGACGACAAAGCGGAGUCUCCAGUUCAUGUCGGCGCUCUUGACCGACGAGCUGCACGCGAUUUGUGACGCCAGUGUGAUCGAAAUGACGCUCCGCGUCUUCAAGACGCACGCCACCGAGUUUCCCGAGUUUGUCUGGACCUACGUGUCUCUGGCCCGUACCCGGCUGCAGCAGCUCAAGUCAGCAGCCACCGUCCCGAUUCCCAACGCGUUGGAGAGCGCACGAGAGGCCACGGCGACCGAAGUCGAGGGCUAUGUCGCGGCUUUCCUCGAUACCGGUCGCGUCUCGUCCAAGCUCCGGCAGCGCAUCUUGAUGCAGGGCAACGUAUGGCAAACCGUGCUCAAGCCAUAUUUGCUGCAUGCUGAAAUGCCUCAUACAAUGCCGUUCUCGAUGCUCCUCGGGUGGGCGCAGCUCACGCACGCACUCGUGCACGAAAAGUCCAUCACCGAGGCCGAGUACGCGCCGUUCGUCCGACGCGUGCACACGCUUGUGUCGAGCCGCGUCGCCUACGCACAGAGCCGGCAGCAAACACUAUCGAGCGUCGCGCGCCAACUCGUCGCCACGUCUCUCGUGCCUGGACCGACGACAGCAUCCGCGUUGAUUGGCCGCAUGACCGCUCGCGUGCGCGGCACGUUGCUCCAGCCCAACAUGUCCCUCGACGCGCUCCUCGCCGACAUUCGCGGCGGAUGCUCCGAGAUGCUUGCAGCGCCAUGCGCCGAGACCGUGCUGCCGUCGAUGCAUGGGUUUCUGGUCUCGAUCACGGCGCUGCCAGACGUCGGCGCGCUUCGAGCUGCCUUUCUUACGUGGCUGCAUGCUGACGUGGCUGCACUGCACCACGGCGGGUGGCUGCUUGGCGCCACUGCCUGUGCGAUGGACGACUCACAAGGUGCCGUCGCCUUGCUCGAAGCGCGCAUCGCGGUCGUUGCGCCAGAUUCGAUCGUCGACGUCUUUCGCCUCUGCUUUGAGUUCACCGAGUCGAUGUUGCUUCUCUCCAAGAGCCACAACGACGACGUCGGCGUCUCAGUGCGCCUGGUGCAGUUUCUGUACUGGGUCUCGCUGCGACACCACUACCACGGCCUCGACGGUCCGUCAUGGCUUCCGACGAGCAUCCGCCGCCUCGAAGAACGGCUCUUUGAGCAGCGCGCGCACGUGCUCGAGUCCACUGCGUUCUUUCCCGUUUGGCUCGAAUUCGAGUUGCACGUCGGCCACGCAGCGUCCGCGUACCGCAUUGAAUGCCUCGCGAUGCAUUUUAUGAGCGUCAAGGACCGGGUCGACGCCGCCGCCAUUUCGACCGUCUGUAGCAUGGGCAAAGAGCUUCUUCGGCAUCAAGACACGUGUCACGCCAAUGAUGCAUCGACACCGCUACACGCCGAGCGAGAUCGUGUCGCGAUCCACCCGUGCUGGACACGCAUGAAGAAGCGCAAGCGGCCGCAUGUGGCCUGCGACGUCGGGCUUGGCGUCGCGCUCUUCCAGCAAGCACUCACCAUGGUCAUGAACCAGUCGAGCAAGAAGGGCAACCUCGUCACGGCCAUCGUCAACGUGCUCACCGAGCGCGCAAUGAGUCGUGUUACCGCCUGUGCCGAUGUGGUGCACAAGGCGUCGUACGUGAGCGUCUUCUUGGAGCUUCUUCUCGCAGUCGUCGUGCACGGACCCAUGCAGCCGAGGGCCUACAUGCUGCUGCAAGCCUUUGCGACGACGCACAUGGCCGACCUCGCGCCAUGGCACCCGCGCACGACGAGCAUCCUCCUCGCGGCCAGUCUCUUUAGCGGCGAGAUGUCCCCGCAGCAGCUCCAGGCGAGUCUUGCGCCCAUUGUCCUCGCGAGCGUCGUGUACUUUUGGCCCAUGGUCAACGCCGCGCUCGUGCCAGAGAGCGCGGUGCCACCGCUUUUAGGCGAGCUGCAUGCCGACUUGGUGCUGGCAACGACCCGUGGUUCGACACACCCGUACCCGACGGAGUGGCGCGCCUCGUUUCUAAAGCUCGCGCGCUUCUGGCUCGCGUGGGGCAUGACGCUGGAGUUAUCGACGCUGGAGGCAAAGCUGUUACUGCGCGACGAACAAGCCAGCGUAUGUGUCAUCGAGGACGCGCACGCGGCGUGGAGCGAGUGGAUUGAAGCCACCGACGCGAACACCAACCUCGUACUGCACCCGCUCGCCGGUGGACAGAUCUUCUUGACCGUGUCGACUGGCGGCUCAUUACGUGGCGCGCUGUGGUGGCUCCUCGUGGUGCAGCACCUCCAUCCGACUGCCCACAUGGCAUGUAUCCAGUUGCACCGCGCAGCGUGGCUGGAGCAAGUCGCUCGGGCCUGUGCGACGUACGUCGAAGCAACGACGACGACGUCAACGGCGACACCGCCCUGGCUCUUUGCCUUGGCGUCGGUGAUCGGGACGAGUGUGCCCACCUUCUUGGCCGAGACGGUCGUGGCCGGCGCCCGCUUGAACCUUCGAAUCGAAAAUGCCCAAGUGCGGGACGCGGUGCGGCGUCUCCUGCCCGACGACCUCCACUCGAGUCCGUUGGCCGACACCGCCAGCAGCAGCAGUAUGCUCUGGUGAUGGAGUAAUGUGCGCCACCUACCUUCGAUCCAUGUCCUGCGCUGGCUAUCGCCUCGCUUUUG